AUGAUUACCGUUAUACAUGACAGUGAGGUGUUGCAAGUAUCAGCUGGUAGUGAAAUCUCGUGCAAUAUUCCUCUAGCAAUCGAACACUGGACGGGUCUUCAACCAUCGGAGUACUAUUGCACACAGAAUGGACUACGCAUCACGUCCCUUGCCUGUAACGAUGUCCGUCCGGAUGUACCCGUUCGGAUCCUGGAACGGAUGGCGGGAGGCAAGGGUGGUUUCGGUUCGAUGCUGCGAGCCAUCGGUGCACAGAUUGAAAAAACCACCAACCGGGAAGCGUGCCGGGAUCUGAGCGGACGUCGAUUGCGGGACAUUAACGAGGAAAAGAGAUUGAAAGCAUACUUACAAAAGCAGCAGGAAGCAGACGACGGAAAAGACCGGAUAAAGACGAAGCGCAAGAUAUCGAAGCUGCUGUCCAAGCCGAAACACGAAUUUGCGGACAGUGAGUACGAGCACGCUCGAAGUGAACUGAUCGUGGCGGCAGAUGAAGCAAUACAGGAGGGUAUGAGCAAAGCGAUUGCGCUCGAGAUGGGAAAGAGUCCCGAAUUGGAAACUGUAUCCACGACGGCCACGACUACAAACAGUAAAAUCUCAACGACUUCAGUCACUCGGAAACGGAAGCAUUCCGAUGCAAAGAGCGCAGUGCGAACGAAGAAAAGUGCAUCAAAUCUGUGGCUGAGUCCGGAUGAUCUCAGCUCUUCCAGCGAUACGGAUGAUGAUGACAGCCUGUUGGAGUUGCCUGUGCGGACACAGAUUGUAUCAUAG